CUUUUUUUUUUCUUCUUAUUUUCUCUUCUCCCUUGUGUGUCUUUAUUCGUUCCGAAAGCUACUCUCCUUUUGACCUUUUUUUCUCCAUCUCUACUUAUUUGCUAUGGCAACAGACGAGAAGAAGGAAGCUGUUCAGUUUGAAGAACAGCAACAUCAUGAGCAUGAGGACGAAAUUGCUCCCGAAUUGGAAGUCCUGUUGCACACGGAACCUCUCCAAGGUUUAUCGACAGCCGAAGUGGCAGAUCGACAAGCCAAGUUUGGUCUCAACGAACUCCCCGAACGCAAGACCAAUCCUUUCCUCAAAUUCUUCUCCUAUUUCACUGGUCCCAUUUCUUAUCUGAUCGAAAUUGCAUGUAUCAUUGCUGCCAUUGUGGGCGACUGGAUCGACUUCGGCAUCAUUUUAGCCCUUCUCCUCAUUAAUGCAUUCAUUGGUUACAUUGAAGAAGCCAAGGCCGAGUCGGCUUUGGAUGCCCUUCGUCAAACUCUCGCUCUCAAGACCCGUUGUUUCCGUAAUGGUGAAUUGACCGAAAUUCAAGUGUCCGAGCUAGUCCCUGGUGAUGUGAUUGUUCUCCGUAUUGGUGAUAUUAUUCCGGCCGAUGCUCGUCUCCUUGGUCUUGGUGUCAACGGUGAAGAUAAUGACUCCGAUCUUAUGAUCGAUCAAUCCGCUUUGACUGGUGAAUCGCUUCCUGUGGCCAAACAUAAGGGUUCCACCGCUUACUCUUCCAGUAUUGUCAAGCAAGGUCAACAGCUCGCCGUGGUGACCAAGACUGGUGACAAGACUUUUAUUGGUCGUGCCGCUAACCUGAUUGCCAUCACUACCGAAGAAGGUCAUUUCCAGAAGAUUAUUGCCAAGAUUGGCAACGUCUUGAUUUUCUCCACUGUCGUUCUGGUUCUUAUCGUGCUCAUCUACCAACUCGUCAAGUACAAGGGAACUCCCAAGGGUAACUGGAAGGUCGUCCUCGAGAACUGUCUGGUCCUUACCGUUGCUGCCAUUCCUGUCGGUUUGCCCACUGUCAUGUCCGUGACCAUGGCUCUUGGUGCCAAGCAAUUGGCUUCCAAGCAGGUGAUUGUCAAGCGUCUUACGGCCGUUGAAGAAUUGGCUUCCGUUUCCGUCCUUUGUUCUGACAAGACCGGUACCCUGACCCUCAACGAAUUGACUUUUGAUGAACCCUGGUUGACCAACAACUACACCUCCGAUGACAUCUUGCUAUACUCUUACCUCGCUGCUGAACCUGGUGCCAAUGAUCCCAUUGAAUCCGCUGUGCGUCGUGCCGCCGAAAGUUCCUUGGAUGUGUUGCAGAACCGUCAAGACACCAUGAGCGUUCCCGGCUACAAGGUUAUCAAGUUCCAGCCUUUCGAUCCUGUGACCAAGAUGACUCGUGCUACCAUUGUCAACCUGAACACCAACGAAACUUUCUCCGUGGCAAAGGGCGCUCCCCAGGUUAUCACCCAGCUGGCUGGUGGCGAUGACGAUGCUGUCCGUGCUGUCAAUUCUCUGGCUCGUCGUGGUCUUCGUGCUCUUGGUGUGGCCAAAACGAUCAACAAUACGGAUAAAUUCGAACUCGUCGGUAUGAUUUCUCUUUUGGAUCCUCCUCGUCCCGAUUCCGCCGAAACCAUUGCCAACUGUAACGCUCUUGGUGUUGAUGUCAAGAUGAUCACUGGUGAUCAACAGAUCAUUGCCAAGGAAGUCGCCGCUCGUCUGGGUAUGGGCCGUGUUAUUCUCGAUGCCAACCAUUUGGUCGAUCCUACCAAGUCCGAAGAAGAAGUGACCGAACAUUGUCAACGUGCCGAUGGUUUUGCCCAGGUUAUUCCUGAACACAAGUACCGUGUCGUCGAAUUGUUGCAGAACAAGGGUCUCCUCGUUGGUAUGACUGGUGAUGGUGUCAAUGAUGCUCCCGCUUUGAAGAAGGCCAAUGUUGGUAUUGCCGUCGAAGGUUGUACUGAUGCUGCUCGUUCCGCCGCUGAUAUUGUCUUGUUGGCUCCUGGUCUUUCCACCAUUACCGAUGGUAUCAUGACCUCCCGUGCCAUUUUCCAACGUCUUCGAUCUUAUGCCUUGUACCGUAUCACUUCCACGAUUCAUUUCUUGCUCUUCAUGUUCAUCGUCACCUUGGUUGAAGACUGGACCAUGCCUGCUAUUCUGCUUAUUAUGAUUUGUGUCUUGAACGAUGCUGCUACUCUUGUGAUUUCUGUCGAUAACACUGAAAUUUCUGAACGUCCUGACAAGUGGCGUAUUGGUCAGCUGUUGACGUUGUCUUCGAUCUUGGCUAUCUUCUUGGCUAUUCUGUCCUUCGCUCACUUUUACGUUGCUCGUGAUGUGUUCCACGUCGAUGACAAUGUGUUGCAUUCGAUUAUGUACUUGCAUAUUUCUUCGGCUCCUCAUUUUGUCAUUUUCUCCACUCGUGUCCCCGGUUACUUCUGGAAAAAUAUUCCUCACUGGAUCUUUACUGUUUGUAUUCUCGGUACUCAAGUCGUCGCUCUGUUCUUCUCCGUCUAUGGUGUCUUUGGUGAAGCCGAAGGUGUCGCUCCUUGCGGUUACGGUUGGGGUUUUGCCGUUCUUGGUAUCUCCCUUGUUUACUUUAUGUUCCUUGAUGUCGUCAAGGUCUUUGUCUUCCGUUACUGGAACUUUGAGCUUACUGCCUAUCUCUGGCCCACCAAGGCUCGCCGUGCGAAGUUGGCCGCCCGCAAAGUUGAAACAGCCAAGCAGGAUUACUUGGACAGCGCAUGGGGCAAGGUCAAUCGUGAUGUCCAAGUUCAUAACAUCGCUUCAGCAUUCAAGAGCCUCGAAAACGAGCAUUAAAUCUCCUCAUUACUUAAAUAUUCGCUUUUUUCAUAUUGCUUUCAUUCCAAAAUAAACACUUUUAGUAUGUAAUUUCCCCACUAAAAAAAAUAAGAAAACUCCUCCAUUACUACGAUUGGUGACCGAGAAAAAAAAAUCUCUUUUCAAGGGUCUUUUAUUUUUUU